AAGAAUUGAGGAGAUCCCCUCACUGCCCUCUCAGCGCUGCUGCUCUUCCGCUGUCAGCGCUCUGGCUGCCUCCUCCCGGUGCAUCCUGGGGUUUGGUCUAAGGAGGGCGUUUAGACUCCCAGCCAAGGCGCGCUUAGGCCUCACUGAACUACAAAACCCGGGAGGCAGCCAGAGCCCUAGAAGUAGAAUAGCAGCACUAUGAGAGGAUCAUGAGGUAAUCUACAAAAUGGCGGCCUCCGUGGUCCCGGCGGCUGGGAGCCCGACUCGCUCUUCAUCCGUGAAGCCACUCAAACCGGCAUCAAGGGAGGGGGCGCUUUCUGAGGUCCGCCCGCGACGCCAACGCCGCCGCCUCAGGAACCGGGGAGUUUCGGCUGAGGAGGAGGAGGGCUCUCCUCAGAGAGUUCGGGCGACUUUCGGGGAGCGGAGGCGGAGCUUCCUCCCUGCUUCGCGUCGCUCGCGGGCGACUCCCCCUGAAAGGCGGAAGUGAGGCGCGGAGGUGAGGGCCAUGGCGGCGAUGGGGAUGCCGGACCCAAGUUUCUUGUGGGGAGUCUUCCAGAGGGUUGACAAGGACCGCAGCGGGAUCAUCUCGGACGCCGAGCUCCAACAAGCGCUUUCCAACGGAACAUGGACUCCAUUUAAUCCAGCAACUGUUAGAUCUAUCUUAUCCAUGUUUGACAGAGAGAACAAAGGUGGUGUGAACUUCAAUGAAUUCACUGGAGUCUGGAAAUACAUCUCCGACUGGCAGAAUGUGUUUCGCACAUAUGACAGAGACAAUUCUGGACUGAUUGACAAACAUGAACUAAAGCAAGCACUAACAGAGUACUGCAAACUCAAGCACGGUGGCACCUUAAAGACUAUGAAAUUUUAUGACAUUUGGUGUAAGCUUUUGUGGAUUCCAGCCCCCUUCAUCAGGCGCCUGGAGGUUAUCGGCUGUCUGACCAAUUCUAUGAUCUCCUUAUUCAGAAGUUUGACAGACAAAGAAGAGGACAAGUGGCCUUUGAUGACUUCAUUCAAUGCUGUGUUGUCUUGCAGAAAUGGACUGAUGUCUUCAGACGAUAUGAUACUGAUCAAGAUGGCUGGAUACAAGUGUCUUAUGAACAGUACCUUUCCAUGGUGUUCAGUGUUGUAUGAUAGUAAACAAUCACUGCAAUAUGGACUAGAGUUGACAACUUAAAUAUCAAAACAGAAAUGGGCAAUUUUUCAUCCCCAUGUAUUGUAUAGGAGAGGGUUAAUUGUGCAUUACUUUUUUAAAAGAUGUUACCAAUUAUGGCCCUAGCACUUGCUACUAAAUAAUUCAGUACUGCAUUGUGUAGUUUACAUUGCUGGAAGUAUAACAUUUAAAUGCCAAACAGUACAGUUGCUUCUCAUUCAAAUGAACACUAUUGCAUGUGCCUUUAAAAAAAACAAAAAAAUACUUAUUAAAAAUAACAGUGCCCUAAUUGUAACCUGUGUCUUCCAAGCAAAAAUUCUUUAGUUUUUUGCUGGGCUGUAGUGACAUACUUGUUUGCUUAGGCUGUAUCUGCUAAUAUGUUAAAGAUGCAUAUCUUCCUUGUGAGAAUAAUUCAUCCAUAAACACAGAGUGCUCAGUAAUUCCUCUCAUUCCAAUCUUUGGCUACAACUUUAGCUGUAACACUGAAGUGCAGUAAGUCUCCAUAUUUUCUACAGAUCGGAAUUCCCAUUCCUUACCAAUGACUAUGCAACCUAAGGCUGCUGGGAAAUGUAGUUCAAAACCAUGAAGAGUCAAACAAACUGGUAUAGUGCACUCAUAUGAAGAUUGUUCAAGCUCAUCCAUUCCAUCAAACCCUUGCAGGCUUCAAAGGCAGAUUGAGGUUAGGUACUUUGGUUCUAGGCUUCCAGUAACUUCCAUACUGCGGCAUGAACUGUCCUAUUAAACUGGGGGUGGUGCAUUAAGUGGCCAAAAGUAUAAUAUGUGCUACCCUUCCCUUAUUUGUAUUGUUUGUCCAAAACCUGGAUGUGCCAACACCUUGCAGAAAUUUUUAUCACCACUCCACUGUCUUUUCCAUAUUUUGUUGUGUUACAACCUAGAAUUAGAUUUAACUGCCAUUGUUACUAUUUGAUAUACACAAGAUACUCAACACCAAAGGAACAAACUGUGGCACAAGUGUUAAGUAAACAAUAACACUGGCACUUGGUUGCAUCAGCACUCGCCAGUUCUCUGGUGCACAUAUAACUGACUUGCUUCCAUAAGGCAUAUAAGUAAUUGACAAGAACCCUCCAGGUUCUGGAAGUCCCCUAACUAUGUUGGGGAGCAUAUCUGAACAAAUAGCAUCAUUGGCCCAGUACAAACCGCAGAAAAGGGGCGAUCCGCAGCCGCCCCUUUAUGCGGUAGAUUGGGGCCAGGGCAGCCUCACUGGCAGCCCAGAGGCCCCAACCUAGCACUUUUCCAGGCCUAGAAAGAGGUGUCCGUGGGGCUUCAUGCCCCCAGACACCCCGACAAGCGCGGAGAAGAGGAGAAAGGGGCCACCCUUAGCAUCGCUGGUGUGGCCAUCCGCAACGCUGAAAGGGCGCCCAGAGCGCCCUGCAGAAUCGCAGUGAUGUCACGCACGCGCUGGUCCGUGUCGAGGCGGUGCACGCAUGAAGUCACCAUCCCACACUGUAUAUGGAUGACGCACUUCCAAAAUGGUGCCGUCUAUAUGAACUAGGGCUGGGGAGCGUGCGGUUGCUGUGCGGUCCCCAGCCCUAAUUUUGGCCCAAGUAUGGCACCUCCCUGACAUCUGUAUCAGGCCAUUAACAGCCAGAACCUACCAAAAUGAGUUCAGAAUAAAGUCAUAAGUCAGAAACUAUUCAAAGGCACAGAACAACAUUGGGAAAGUUUCUCUGAUUUGAUAAAGCCAAAAUGGUUCAAUGCCAAUUCUUAAUUCAAAAUGAUAACACAACAAAAUGAGAACAUGGGGGGGGGGUUUAAAUACAUUUGUAAGGUACUGUACCUGAUAAAAAUGUUUGUUGCCAUGUAAAUGCAAGUUGGACCAUUUCAAAGAAUUGUCUUCUUUAUUUUGAGAUCCAUUAAGAAGAAAUGGAAGAAGAAAAUUGUGUAAAAAAGUGCUUACUUGAAGUUGCAUGUGCUAAUUUACAUAAAAAAUGUUCAUAAAUACAUAAUCGACAGCCUUUUAUUGAUGUCAUUUAUGUAAAACAAACACAAAUUUUCUAUUAAAUAUUACUAUACAAACUUUCUCCCAUCCUCCAGAUUUCAUAGUGAAAAAUAAAGAAAUCAUAUUACAUAUCCAGAA